AUGUGCGCCGUGGCUUGCCAGAAAUACUCCGGAGCCGGCGUAAUAGCGACCUUCACCGUGACGGCCUUCAUCACCCUCUGCCUGGCCACCUUCUGCCUCGUCAGAGGGCGUACCAACGAGGCGCGUCAAUCCUUCAACCCGGUAGACCGUCCCUCGUUGCCUCCAUCGGCGAGAUACCUCGUCAACACCUUCAGCGAACUCCAGCUUGUGACCGGCCUGGCCGUGCUCGUUGGCGGGAUCAAAGAUGUCGCCGAUGGCAGCAUAUCGACGUACCACUUCCUGAUCGUCACCGACCUUGCGUGGUUCUGCACCCUCGCCCAUCUGCUCUCGCUCGCUGUCACCCGCAGCAUGCGCGACAGCGUGAAGCGGACGCAUCCCCGGAGGUACCACCACGAGAACACCGAGCUGGCGGCCCGCCUCGCUCGUGCGUUGCGCAUCUGCUUCAUGGCCGCCACGUUUUUGCUGUUGAUCUACGCCUUCUGGGUCGCCGGGUACGAGGAAAUCUACCACCCUGGCCAGUACAGGUGCCCCAUGAACUACGUGGUUCAGAUGUUCCUUAGUUGGCGCACCGGGCGUCUCUUUUGGAUGGACCACAUUAGAGGCUACCUCAUCAACAACAAGGGCGGCCAGCCGGUCAACGUGUUGAGUCCCGAGGCCGUUUUCAAGCGGUGGACCGAGAACAAGCUAUGGAAGGGACUGAAGAUGUGUCUCUUGGCCGUUUGGUAUUUCCUUGCCUCCGAGGUCGAGACGCUGCUGAGGCUGACCGUGUACUUUGGCCAGCUGGUGCCGAUAUCCCUGUUAAUCAUUCCAUUCAUGGGGCUCUUUGAGUCCUACGCGAGGCAUUCCAAGGCACUCAGGGAGCAGCCCGACGCCAAGGUUCUGGACAGCUGCACCUCGGAAGGACCCUAA